AUGCAGACUCUCUCCCCACCGGAGUCCAAGAAGUUUUGUCCAGGUCCCCCUAUAUCAACCGAGUUUUUAGUCCCCGGCUGGGCAGCGCGGGGACGGGGCUCCCGGCUGCGGGGCUCGGCUCUGCGCGCUCCCCGGGCUCCCCGCGCGCUGGGCCUGGUUCUCGGCUGCCGCGAGGCCCGGUCGCUGCGCCUCCGGUUUCCGCGCCCCGCCCGCCCCGCAUCCCGCCGCGGGCGCGCUGCCUACCGUGGGCCGCUUCCACUCGAUGCCCCGGGUCUUGCUGGAGUAGGGUCCCAACUCCUUGAAGCCCAGGGAAGAUGGGAGGGCCGGGAAGGACGGGUCCUGGAAGAGCGCCCCGGCCUCCAGCCACUCGUCCCGCAGCGCCGCGUAGUCCUGGCUGAGGUACUUGAAGGCCCUCUCGUGCGAGCCCAGCCCCUCGGCCGCCUCCCGGUCCUUCGCCAGCUUGAAUGCGAUGCCCGCCAUGGUCGGCCCGGUGCCCGCGCUGCCGCCCAGCGAGCGAGCGUGGGUCUCAGCGGCUGCUCGGCGCGGCGCUCCGCAGGGGCGCGGUCAGGGUUCGGCGCGCGGCAGCGGGACUGCGAGCGGCCGCCGCGGGCGAUGAUUCACCCGGCAGGGCAGCGCCCUCCGCGCCUCGGGGCGUGGCCUGGCCGCUCCCGGCCAGCUCGGCGCCGGGCCCUGGACCCUGCCGGCCGCCGGCCUGCACAGCGCCGGCGGGAGGACGGCGGCGGCGGCCCACGGGGCCGGUGCUGCCACCUGCGGCCGGCGCCUGGGAUGGCCGAGCCGGCCCGCGCCGCGCACCUGGGCGUCCUGGUGGAAAAGUGGGGGCUCAAACUCAACCCCGAUAGACGACUUCCCACUUGUUGGGGAGGAAGGCUGGGUGAAACCCGAGGCUGGGGCUGUCCUGACUCUCCAGAACACACCCUGAACAUCUUGACCUGACCAACAUGAACAGCUACAAGAAGGAAGGAUUCCAACACCAAGAAGUUUGCAACAACUAACCACGCCCCUCCCUCAUCUUGCCUUUAAAAGUGCUUUGCUGAACUUGGAGAAGUUCGGGGUAUUUUAAGCACGAGACAGCCUUCUUGCAUAGCCCUGCAAUAAA